AUGGCGGAGCGUGGAGGUUUUCGCGGUGGUUUCGGUUCGGGCGGCGGUGAUCGAGGAGGAGCAGGCCGCGGUGGUCGUGGCAGUGGAGGUGAACGCGGUGGUCGUGGUCGUGGUGGCCGUGGAAGAGGUCGCGGUGCAAGAUCUGGCAAAGAAAAUGAAAGUAGUUGGACUCCAGUAACUAAACUUGGGCGAUUAGUAAAAGAAAGGAAAAUCACGUCUCUUGAAGAAAUAUAUCUUAAUUCGCUUCCAAUUAAAGAAUUCGAAAUCAUCGACACUCUUCUUUUUAAUCUGAAAGACGAAGUAUUAAAAAUAAUGCCUGUGCAAAAGCAAACACGUGCAGGACAAAGGACUCGUUUUAAGGCAUUCGUUGCUAUCGGUGAUCACAAUGGCCACGUUGGACUUGGUGUAAAAUGCUCAAAAGAAGUAGCAACAGCUAUUCGCGGUGCUAUCGUUGUAGCAAAACUUUCAGUUAUCCCUGUUAGAAGAGGAUAUUGGGGAAAUAAAAUCGGACAACCACAUACCGUACCUUGCAAGGUGACCGGGAAAUGUGGGUCCGUCCUUGUGCGAUUAAUUCCGGCUCCUCGGGGAACUGGUAUUGUAUCUGCUCCUGUGCCCAAAAAACUUCUUCAGAUGGCCGGCGUUGAAGAUUGUUAUACAUCUGCUGUCGGUCAGACGGCCACUCUUGGAAAUUUUGCCAAGGCAACAUAUGCAGCGAUUCAACGUACGUAUUCAUAUUUAACUCCUGAUUUAUGGAAAGAACAUUCGCUCGAAAAAACGCCUUAUCAACGCCACUGGGAUUACUUGGCUGCAAGUGUUAAAAAUUAA